UGUGUCUGGGAGGUGCUGAGAAAUAGGGCGUUGAGGCAGCUCCUCCAUUCAUUCGCAGAGAAAAAACCUUUCUUAAAGACGCAGACUACUGUCCCUUGGGAACAGAAAAAAAAACAUUUUCUGACUUGGUCUGAGUGAACUACGUGCUAUAUUACGCAUAAGUUUUGCAGGACACACAGGCAUAAAUCGAAGGUGAGGAGGGAUUGUGGGCAUCGGUGAGACACAGAUACAGUCCGUGGUGUUGCAGGCUAUAGUGGAGGAUGGCCAAACUGUUCCGAGCGGUGAUCAUGGGUCCACCAGGCUCGGGAAAGGGGACGAUAUCCGAGAGAGUUGCUCAAAGAUUUGGCCUAGCACGUCUGUCCAGUGGCGACUUUGUUCGGGAGAAUAUAGCUGCGAAUACAGACGCUGGUGUUCUGGCUAAGACCUACAUAGAGAGGGGUCUGCUGGUGCCGGACAAUGUGAUGGCCCGGCUCCUACUUCCCAGGCUGGAGGAGAUGACCCGCCACAGCUGGCUGAUGGAUGGGUUUCCCCGUACCCUGGCCCAGGCCAAGGCUCUGAACAGUACCUGUGACCUGGACCUGGUCAUCAGCCUCAACAUUCCCUAUGAGACCCUGAAGGAGAGGCUGAGUGACCGCUGGAUCCACCCAGCCAGCGGCAGGGUCUACAACAUGGGCUUCAACCCUCCACACGUACAAGGCAGGGAUGACAUCAGCGGGGAGCCUUUGAUCCAGCAUGAUGAUGACAAACCAGAGGCUCUAGUGGCCAGACUGAGGCACUACAAGGACGUGGCCAAGCCCAUCAUAGACCUGUAUAAGUCAAAGGGCAUCCUGCACACUUUCUCAGGCACAGAGACAGACAGGAUCUGGCCUUACAUCAACUCUCUCCUCAGCACCAAGAUCCCCAGCACAUCACAGACAGACGCACAACGCAUCCCAAUGCCCUGAGGAGAGCAGAGACGACGCAUCGGAAGGAAAGGCCUUGCACCAGGGGAUACUAAUGUUAGUCAGUGAAGACAUUGGUUGAGUACAUGGCUGCAAGACAAGACUACCGCUAGAUGUUAGGAGCCAUUAGCUUGGCAGUUCUCUCCGUCUCAAAACACGUUUGAAAAUACAGUCUUAUGCACUACAUACAUCAGUGGUGCAUAGCUUCGGUCCUCAAGGGUUGCAGUGUAUGAAGGUUUUCUUCCGUACCUUUUAACCCUGAGACUGAUAAAAGUCCCAGGGAGAAACGGAAAUCAGCAGGACUGCAGAGCAUGAGGGCCUGAGUUGUGCAACUCUAAAUAUGUCUUCCAAAGACUGUAAGACGAGCUUGAUACUUCUAUAGCACCCGAUGUGUACAGAACUGUUGGUUUCUGUAUAUCUGAUUUAUCCUUCAUUUAGACUGAAAUUACUAUUGUGGACUUUUUCUUAUAAACAGCACACUCUAUAAUUUGGCUUAAUUUUAAGUUCUAUCAGAUGAAGAGUUUCAUAUUUAUCAAAAGAUUUUGGAUUUUCUUCUGUUUAAUUUGAAAUUAGUCUAUUGAAGUUCAGUCCGCAAGACUAGACCAAAUAAAAAAUUAUGAUAAUGAAUGGGUCUAUAAUUGUGUUAAAAAGGACCAAAGAUUUGAAUGUGGCCAAAGAUAAAUGGUAGAAUUAUAUUCAAAGAGCCAGAGGCCUUAAUAUUUCUAAUGACUUUGAUUUGAUUUAGAUUUCUAAUGAAGUUUGUGAGUGUUUUAACCAGUUGAAAGUGUAAUGCAUCUGAAUUGCUGUAUAAGAAAAGGGAUGGGUGUGGUUAGUGGUGGGACAGUGUUUGUGGUUGGACAGUGUUUGUGGGAGGGUGUGUCUUGUGUCUCCCUUUUAGAUUUCAAUAACACAAUAUGCAAAUAGGCACUGCUGUAAUUGGCCCAGAAUAUAUAUGGCGAGCCCAUUGCGGUGAACGAGUGGUUAGGAAAGCUUUUCAUACGCUCUGUUGUGCAACACUGAAUGUUUUCUGUCCAUAAAUCAUCUGGCUGUCCAAAAUCUGUCAUAUUCCAAGAAAAAUACAAUUUCCUUUCAGUUGUUUCACUCUCAAGGUCAAACAGUAGUUCCAGGCAACAUGCCUACUAUGACUGUAAACUAAAUGUCUACCACACAAAGCAAAAGUACUGUACUCAGCUGCA